AUGCCCUCAACACCGCGCACUUCGACGCUGGCGCAUCUGGCCGUCCUGCCCCUCGCAUGCCGCUCGCCAGAAAGGCAGCGACGAUUCUCGACUGCCUCGCCGUUCCUCAACCGCCUCGCCGCCGCCGUCGUCCGGAUUAGCGGUCCGACCGAGGCAUAG